GUCCACAGGGGGACAUUUCAAGGCGUUUUUCACGGCUGCACACCUUGGUUGAUUAAAGGGGGGGAAGGAGAUGAAAGUUGGUGGCACAGUCACGUAUUCAGACCUUGCACCAAAAGUGUUCAAAAGUGGUUGAUGAACUGGUCGUUUCUUCCGUUUUUUAAAAACAAUCGACGACGACGAUAUUCUUGAAAAACCUUGUUCAAAAAGCCAAAUCCAAUCUUUUGUUGUUCAUUCCGCCCCAAUACGCCAUCAUCUUUUCCCCACCCAACCCUUUUGCUGCCAUCGUUCAUCGCGUUUUUCCUAUUCAAACAAUUGAAAGCAACUCCCCUCAAUUGCCCAACUCUUCCAUACUCCCCCUUUGGGGUUUCCUUUGUGCUUUGAUGACAGCAGGGGCCAAGGGAGGGGCAGCUGACGAAUUACCCUUGAAAAGCUUGUCGUUGUUUAUCCGGAUUUUGGUUUGGGGUGGAUGAAAAGGUGUAUUUAGAAAGUUGCUUGUACUGUUUUCUUAUAUGUUUGGGGAGGAUAUACGGCUAUGGUGUUGCCAGUUAUGCCAAACGACACGGAGACCCACCAGAUGGGAACUCGACUGGAGAUGCGAUGGUCUUGGGAGCUGGUUCUCAUUUCCUAUGUCGUUUCCGUAUUGGGAUCUUACACAACAACCCAACUCAUGUGCCAAGUCCACAAAUCCAAAUCACGGACAAAAUCCCUCGGAUGGAUCUUGAUGGCCUCGAUCACAUUCGGCGGAUGCGCGAUAUGGAGUAUGCAUUUCGUAGGGAUGAUGGCCUUGGAUAUCGGGAUUCCCAUAACGUUUGAUGUGGGGUUGACGAUUGCGAGUGUUGUUGUUGCUGUUGUUGCAACGUUUGGGACGUUUGCGUUUGAGGUGCUUUGGGUGGGGGGAUAUGUACAGGUCAAGGAUUUGGAUAAAGAGGAGCGGGGGAGCACUAUGACGUUGGUGGAUGAGGAGACCAUUUUGGACAUGCCCAUGAUAGAGGGAUCGAGACGAUGGACCCUUUCGGGUGCCUUUAUGGAGGAUGGUGGGUAUGCCCCUUCAGAUGCAAUGGGGAGACCCAAUCUGGAUCAUCUUCUUCCUACCCCGCUUGGCACGCCGCAAGCUUUCUCGAAUCGCAUAUGUGGGACAUGGGCGUUAGGGAGGUUUGUAUGGACGUUUUGGGAAACGUUGUCUGCGAGAAUUGUCUUCAAGGGGCUCUUGUUGGGAUUUACGGUAGUCGGGAUGCAUUACACGGGGAUGAUGGCCAUGAGGAUGGACGCAGUGAUUGUGUGGGAUGGAUGGGUGGUUGUACUGAGUGUUUUGGAUGCGUGGUUUGUCUGUGUCGUUGCAUUUUGUUUUAUGCCAAUUGAAGUGGAUCUUGUCAAGCAGUUUAUGUUCAGUCUUAUUGCCGGUGCCGGUACUCCCCUCCACGCCAUAUCGGGGUACACAGAGCUCAUUGCGCACACCCCUCUAACAGAAGAGCAAAAAAUCUACCUGGAUUGCAUCAAAACGGGAUGCUAUACAAUCCAACUCAUCACAAACAAUGUCCUUGAUUUCGCCAAACUCGAACGCGGGAACGCCGAGACUCGGGCACGACCUGUUGAAUUGGAUAUGAGGCGAUUGGCGGCGGAUGUAGUGAGAAGUUGUGCGCCGGUCAAGGAUGAAGGGAAAUGCGUAGACGUCAUAUUAAGUGUUGAGCAGAGUGUGCCGUUGAUGGUGUUUGUGGAUGAGAUUUAUGUUACGAGGAUUAUUAUGAACCUUGUGAGCAACGCAGUAAAGUUUACGUCAACGGGGUACGUGCUUGUACGUAUUCUCUGGGAUCGACAGGAUGGCGAUGCGUUAGUGAUGCGAGUUGAAGAUACGGGGGAAGGGAUUCCAGAGAGUUUUCUGGGGACAGUGUUUGAGCCGUUUCGACAAGCCGACACGUCCUUGACUCGAAAACACGCUGGAACUGGGCUGGGACUCUCUAUUUGCAAACAACUCGUUCAACGCAUGUCGGGCACCGUCCAUGUGGAAUCUACGCACGGCCUCGGCUCAGCAUUUACGAUCCGCCUCCCAAUGGCCGAUGAGACGCAUGCCGAGCUUGUACAUACACCCGUGCGACGUGUGAGUGUACCCACCGUGAAACCCGUCAUGUGGUUUUGGUGUCGGAGUGAGCGUACAGAAAGGUUGUUGGCGAGGAUUUGGGAGGGGUGGGGGUACGAGACGGCCAGUGUGGAUCGACGUGUACAGACCCGUGGCGCUAUUGUGUGGACGGAUAUAGAGUUGUGUCGACGGGAUCCGAGUACAUUGGAGGGUCUUUUAGCGUCAAUGCCUAAACUUGUUUUGGUUUGUUAUGAUGAAUUGGGGUCUGAGGAUGCGUGGGUGACGAGGUGUGAUGGGAUCCUACUCGUCAAGAGACCUGUAAUUGUCCAUGUUGUUGCGGCAAUGGUGGAAGAGACGCUGGUAAUACCGAAUGGGACGGCGAUUCCAGACGAGAACGCUCCAGUCGAGAACGGGGCGGUUUUUCCGGCUGGACGACGACGAUCAGUCUCGGAACCCAUCUUUUCUUCUGGGCCUGAUACGACUCCUCAGAGCGGUGUAUCGGGCAGUGCACAGAGUAAGGACGAAAAGGGAGAGCCUGGAAUGCACAAGGGGCGAAUUCUCCUCGUCGAAGACAAUGUGGUCAAAUCAAAAAACUCGGUAUCCCGCAUCCUAACCAAAAAUGUCCCUACCAAGUCGACCUUGCGUCCAAUGGGCCAAGAAGCCCUCGACAAAACUCUCGCACAAUCGUAUGACUGCAUCCCUCAUGCACUGCCAAAUGCCCAUCAUGUCUGGCCUGGAAUCCACACGACGGAUACGAGCACUCGAAGAACGCGGGGUCCAACUCUGUCGGCGUCAGAACAAGAGAAUACCGAUUAUUGCGUUGACUGCCAAUGUAUCAGCAGAGAGUAG